GUGUGAGAGAGCACAUUCUGAGCAUGAGCACCAUGGCAGCCAAGUUAGAGAAGCUAAAGAUGCCCCUCGCUGAUGGUUUCCUCAUUCACCUAGCUCUAAACUCACUUCCUAAAGAGUAUGAGACAUUUGUUGUUAACUACAACACACAACCAGAGGAGUGGGAUUUAGAGAAGGUGAUUGCUAUGUGUGUGCAAGAGGAAGAAAGGCUCAAGAAUGCAAAUGGUGGUUCUGUGAACUUUGUGAAAGGAAAGAACAAGAAGCCAUUCUACAACAAGAAAGCUCCAGAUGCCUCCACCUCCCAGAACAAGGGAGGAAGCACUUCACAGCCUAAAGCACACCCAAAGCAAGACAACCAGCACAGGCAGGAGGACCCGGAUCGCUGUAGAUGGUGUAAUGAGACAGGGCAUUGGAAGCAUGACUGCCCUAAGUUCAUGAAACAUUGCCUAGUGAAAGGGAUUCAGUGGAGGGAGAACCCUUCAAAGAGGAGAAAGACAGAUUAAGGUGGCCACUGGUGUUGAAGCUGAAGUUCAAGCUAUAGGAAAUUUAUCUCUAGAUUUAGCUAGUGGUUUCACCCUUGAGUUGCAUGAUGUUCUUUAUGUUCCCUCUUUAGCUAGAAAUUUAAUUUCAGUUUCAUGUUUGUCAGACUAUGGUUUUGAUUGCCAUUUCAGCAAGAAUGAUUGUAAGCUACAGUUAAAUAAUAAAUGUGUGGGUCUUGCCUUCCGACAAGACAAACUUUAUUUAUUA